AUGGUUGAAGGGGCCCUCAUUAGUAAAUACCUAUCAGAGGGAGAUCAACUAAAACUUAUAUCGGAUUUGAUCAAAAAUGACGAUCUUGAACAGGUGCUGGAGUUGAUUGAAACUGGGCCAUUAGAUAUAUCAACAGACAGUAAUAUUGAAACCUCAAUCUUUGAUAAAAUAACUGAGCAGGUUGUCGCAUACGCUAGAAUGGAGGAUGAUCCUAGGGAAAUGCUUUUUUCUUCGAGAACUGGAAUUAAUGACACUCUACGAAUUUCUGCACGCCUACUCUGUAAUUUACCCAGUGUAUGGGAAAGAUUUCAGAUAUGGAUGUGCUAUCGAUUGAGUGACAUCAUUAGCAAAAAUUGCAAACAUCUUUUUGAUGAUGAAUUUGGAAAGAUGACUGUACGACCGUUCUUCGAUUUUUUGGCUCAGGAACAAAAAGUCGGUGCUGAACAUGAGAAAUUGAAUUUGAACGUUCUUAGUCUAUUCGAUUUCUUGGAAGCUGUGUAUCUCUUUGACGAAAAUGAAAACAGCGUAUCAACGAAGAGCUUAGACUUUAUCGUAGUCCCAUUAUUAGGCUGCAACUCAGAAGAUAUUGCCGAAUGCUGCUCUAGGUUAAUGAGAUGGCAUAUUAAAACCUUAGCAGAAGGUUGUAAUAUUGAUGGAAAGUUUGAUAAGCUUAUCUGGAAUUUCAUCAAGCAAUUAUACACAGAAGGCUCCCAGCAGCCCUGGAAGCAAAAAAACAGUUUGUCUUUUCUUCUGAGAUUCCUCUUGACAUCGAACUUAUCACCUGAACUUACCAGCUACAUUAAGACUGACAUGUAUUGGGAACAUAUUCAAAGGGAACUGGAUCACGAAGUGCAUGAACACAGAAAAUUGGCCGUCUCAAUCCUCAAAUUAACAAUUCAGAAAUUAUCAGCAAAUGCUGUGGGGUUUGAAACAACUUUUUUUACUUGGAAUAGCAUUCCAAGCAUCGAAAUGCUCAAUGGUUGGAAGAAGUUUACCACUUUGUAUGAAAUGAUUGCGCUAGACACAUCAUUGAAUCAGAUUGAAGCGGCUAAACAAGACAUCAUGAAAAUUUUUGAUAAUGUGCAUUUGCACCAUAGUUGGGGACUUAUUUUACUUUCCACAGGACUGAAGUCAUCAAUGGAGAGUGUCAGGAAAUAUAUGAUGACGCUGAUGUUUUUAAUCACAGACUUUUCUGUGUUCUCUUCAAACAUAUCCCUAUUAACAAAAACGCUUCUGCCAGCUGCAAUGUCAGCUCAUUAUUUCGAGGUCAAAGGCGAUAAUUGUCCUCAUGGUGAAAAACUCUCGUUAUUUGUCAAAGGCUUAUUUACUCAAACAACUGUUGACUUAUCCGAUUUAUUGUCCAGAAUUUUAAAAUUAUUAAUCGAAAAGGGAACUUCUUUUGAUCCAUCUAGAAUAUAUGUGGCUUAUGGCAUUCUGGAAUUCCUCCAAAAAAGCAAGGUGAAAUCAAUUAACUCUAAUCAUUUGGGUCUAAUCAGGAAGUUGUAUGAAUUCGUAGCCGAAGAGGAAGUUCUUGAAACUACAAUUCAAACAAUUUACUUAAAGUUCUCACUAUAUAUUGACCCAUUUGUUUCCGCAUCCGAAUUAUUGUUUACAUUAGUUUCACAUAUUAGGCUCAAGAGAGGAACGUACAAAUAUAUUGAGCCUCUUUUUGAAAAUUACAGAGAGCUUGCUGUUUCUCACUUUGACGAUUUGCAAGCUAAGGAAAAUUUAAUGCUGAAUGUUGGAAAGGAUACUAUUUUCGAUCUCUUAGCCUUUAUUAUCUUCGAUUUUAAGGCUAUCGAGGUUACCCCUGAGUUUUUAAUAGAAAUUGCAAAAUCGAAACAAGACAUUCCUGAUUUUACGUCAAACGCCGUAGCUUUUUUAACUGAACUGCUUUCUGGUAAGCCUUCGAACGAAUAUACUUAUCAAAAUGCAACAGCUCUAUUGAGCUACUCGAGUUUCACAAUAUCUACAUGGAAAUCUAUAAAUGUGGAAAAUCUGUUUGAAUCAGUUGAGGAAGAUUUCUCUAUUGACAAGUUCAAGUUUUUUGUUGAAGUUUACAAGAAGACUUAUGAAUGUAGGUUUGAUACACUAAAACUCACCUUUGAGGGUCUUCUGAACAUAUACCAAAUACUCAAGUCAUUUGUAAAUCAGACUCCAAGAGAGAGCUUCAAAGUAAAGGAUAGUGCAUAUUCCGCGUAUUUUGAUUUACUAAGUACCUUUUUGAAAACAUGCGCAUUAAAUCGCGAUAACUCUAAUAAGGAUGACGAUGAACUCCACAAAUUGUUAAAUUUGAUUGACGCCAACAUCAACCAAGAUAAUGGAAAUUAUUUAGGCAAUCUAGCCGUUUGUAACUUAAUGCAUUUCAUGUUGGAUUCCUACUUUUAUUGUUCUACCUCUGUGUCCGCUGAUGAUAUUUUCAUAGUAGAAUUCAUUUUUAUGAGAUUUUCGUAUAUAUGGGAAAGUAUCAAUAGUGAAAGAUUGGUCUUGAAGGAAAAAGAACUGCAUCUAAUCCUAAUAAGGGGAUUAUUCCAUCCUGUUAUCCUGUACUUUGGAACAAAACAAUAUAUAAAUAAUCUGACCUCGGAGUUGGAGGAACAUGCACAAACGAUCAUAUCAUUGAGUUAUUCCAGAAGAAGUCUGCUACCUCUUCUUGGAUCACAACUCAGAACUUUCAUUGAGUUUCAUGGGGGAUCUUUGGGCGAAAGUGACGACUGUUGGUGGUUGAUUAAUAUUUUGGCAAGCGUUUUCAAACAGCCACAAAUGAAUGCUAACCUUUUUAAGCUAAAGCCUGUUAUUUCCCACUUAUACGAUCACAAACUGAACAGCUAUUAUAUCAAGGGUGACGAGUUGUAUGGAAAGGUGUAUGGGCCAGACGAGAUAGUAGCCAGAGUCUCUAUCAUUGAUUCCAUUUUAAAUGCAAACAAUCAUUUCAAGGUUCAAUUUAUCGAGAAAGUCACUGAAAAAACUAAUGCACUGUAUCCUAUAAAGAGAACAGACGGCGCUGAAGCGUUACAGCGUUUAUUGCAGUGGCAAUUAUUGUUAUUAUCAUUGCAAACUAUCAGCGAACUAGAAUUGAAUGAAUUUAGCACGAUCAGAAUUCUGAAAAGUAUUGAGGAUGAAAGUUCUCCAUUGGUAAGAUUGUACAAAGAAUGGUUUAUUUCUUUGAAGCUAGUCGAUUGCUACAAGACUGGUAAUUCCAAAUUUGCCGAAAAUUAUCUCUUUUCGCUCUUAGAGGAUCAUAGUAAACCGGUAUUUGUCGUUAGUGCGGAAAAGAUAUGUUAUAUAGUGCUAAAAGGAUUGAUGAAUGAUAACGGGGAGUUUGGAUUUAUUCAGCUUUUGAACAAGUUUAUUUGCAUAUUAGUUCCUAAUGCGGCUUCAAACAAGCCUCUUGUGAGACACUUUUCUAACUCUUUGAUAAUUUCGUUAUGGCCAACAUUUGAAAUCUAUCUUUCAGAUCACACGUUAAGAAAUGUUAUUGAAAAUCUGUACAUCAACGCCAAAAAGACUCAAAUAUUUGGCCAAUAUCGCGCUGGUGAUGCCAACAUCUGGGAUUUGAAAGAGGAUAGCAAACUAACGAACAUGUUUGGCGGUGUGCUCAGAAAAGUUACCGAUCAUGAUUGUCCGUACAUUUCCAAAUCAACUUUUGAGAAAUAUUCACAAGUCAAGGAUAUUUUACCUAUUGGUACCGAUGAAAGAUCACUCUGGCUUGAUAAAAGAGAAAUCAACAUGGAUGGUGACAGCAACGGGGACACUACAUGCGGUGCUUCUCCAUUGCAAACAAAAAGUGGCGCUUGGGAAACAGUUCUUGAUUUGGAUAACAAGAAAUGCAAUGAUGUCGUGACGCGUUCCGAAUUGAUUGUUGUUUCUUCAUUAGUGGACAAGCCACCAAAUCUAGGCGGUAUCUGUAGAUUAUGUGAUGUUUUAGGGGUUGGACUGUUAACCGUGCAGGAUAUCAAAGUUAAAAACCACCCUCAAUUUAAAAAUGUUGCAGUGACUGCCGAUAGAUGGAUGCCCAUUCAGGAGGUUGCCUUGGAUAAUAUUGCAAGCUUCAUGAAGGAGAGAAAAAAAGAAGGGUAUACAUUAAUUGGUUUGGAGCAAACAGAUAAAUCGGUGAAACUCGAUAACCGUUUCCAAUUCCCGAAGCGAUCAUUAAUCUUGCUGGGUACGGAAGCGUUUGGUAUCCCAGGUCCUUUACUGAGUGUAUUGGAUUUGUGUUUAGAGAUUCAACAGUUUGGCGUGGUCAGAUCAAUGAAUAUACAAACCGCCACUGCGGUUAUUGUUCAUUCCUACACAGUGCAACAUAUGUAG